GGGGAGACCAAUUUCCGAGCCCUCUCGGCCCCCAUCGUGAUCGCUCGACGUCUCUUCAGCAAGGGCUGCCGGAGAUUCCCUUCGCGGGGAGGGGCGCUCAAGGGGCGCCAGACAAAGAGUGGCAAUAAGAGCAUUCUGGACAACUGAGAAUAACAAGCAACAUUGAAAAGGAAAACAAAUCAAUAUUUUCCAUUUCCUUCAGAAAGCUACACAAUUCUUCACCUUCCUCAGCAGGUGAGAGAGAAACAAGAGAAAAUCAAGAAGAGAUUUCAUGCUGGGAAAAGUAGACUUUACAAAACUCAAGGAUACAUUACAUGAAAAAUCAAGAGAUUAUUUUUCAUUCAGAAAAAGAGGGAAAUAUCUGGAAGUCAGUGGCAAGAAAAGGUCAAUUAGACAGGCACGUAGAGGAGACAAUAAGGCAGGCCUCACCGUGUGCAAAAAACAAUGGUUUGAAUCAAAGCACUACUAAACAAGGGAUCACCCAUAUUUUUGACCCCCUCAAGAAUAUCAGUGGUGGAAAAACUGCAUAGAUGUGCUUAUUGUGAGAAAAACACAAAUAGUACAAAGCAACUGAUUAUGCAUGAAAAGAUCCACACUGUAGAAAAGCCAUUGAAAUGCUAGAAAUGUGACAAAAGGUUUAGUCUGAACAGAUCUCUUGUGGUUCGUGGAAAGACACAGACAGGAUAGAUGCCCUAUAAAUGCUCUCACUAUGAUAAAUGCCUUAGCAAUUACAGCAACCUGGUGAUACAUCAGAGGACUCACACCAAGGAGACAGUGUAUGAGUGUCCAGUUUGGGGAAAAGUUCCAUUAGACAUUCCCACCUCAUGAGUCACCAAAGGACUCAAAAAGGAGAUAAAUUCUUUGAAUGUCUGGACUGUGGGAAACGUUUCACUCGGAAUUCCCACCUGGUGCUACACCUGAGGAGUCACACAGGAGAGAAACCCAUUGAAUGUCCUAAUUGUGGGAAACGUUUCAGUCGGAAAUCACACCUGGUGAUACACCAGAGGAUUCACACAGGAGAGAAACCUUUUAAAUGUCCUGAGUGUGGGAAAAGUUUCAUUCAGUUUUCUAACCUGGAGACACACCAGAGGACUCACACAGGAGAGAAACCGUUUAAAUGUCCCGAGUGUGGGAAAAGUUUCAGUCAGAUUUCUAACCUGGUGUCACACCAGAGGAUUCAUACAGGAGAGAAACCCUUUGAAUGUUCUGAUUGUGGGAAAGGUUUCAGUCAUAGUUCCAGCCUGGUGAUACACCAGAGGACUCACACAGGAGACAAACCUUUUGAAUGUCCUCAUUGUGGAAAAGGUUUCAGUCACAAUUCCAGCCUGGUGAAACACCAGAGGACUCACACAGGGGAGAAACCCUAUGAAUGUCCUGAUUGUGGGAGAGGUUUCAGUUACAGUUCCAGCCUGCUGUCACACCAGAGGAUUCAUACAGGAGAGAAACCCUAUGAAUGUCCUGAUUGUGGGAGAGGUUUCAGUUACAAUUCCAGCCUGCUGUCACACCAGAGGAUUCACACAGGAGAGAAACCCUUUGAAUGUCCUCAUUGUGGGAAAGCUUUCAGUCAGAAUUCCACCCUAGUGAGACACCAAAGGACUCACACAGAAAAGAAAUCAUAUGAGUGUCCAGAUUGUGGGAAAAGAUUCAUUAGAAAAUUCCAGCUCAUGAGUCACCAGAGAAUACACACAGGAGAGAAACCAUUUGAAUGUCUUCAUUGUGGGAAGAGUUUCAGUCAAAAUUCUGACCUGGUGAGACAUCAGAGGACUCACACAGGAGAGAAACCCUUUGAAUGUGCUCUCUGUGGGAAAAGUUUCAGAGAGAAUUUCAGCCUAGUAAUACACCAGAGGUCUCACACAGGAGAGAAACCAUAUGAGUGUCUAGAUUGUGGCAAAAGUUUCAGUCACAAUUCCAACCUUGUAAAACAUCAGAAGACUCACACAGGAGAGAAACCCUUUGAAUGUUCUGAUUGUGGGAAAAGUUUCAGUCAGAAUUAUGAACUAGUGAUACACCACAGGAUUCACACAGGAGAGAAACCAUAUGAGUGUCCAGUUUGUGGGAAAAGUUUCAAUUACCGUUCUAGUCUGGUGACACACCAAAGGAUUCACACAAGAGAGAAACCAUUUGAAUGUCCUGAUUGUGGGAAAAAUUUCAAGGAAAAUUCCUACCUGGUGAACCACCAGAGAAUUCACACAGGAGAGAAACCCUUUGAAUGUCCUGAUUGUGGGAAAGGUUUCAGUCAGAAUUCCCACCUGGUGAGACAUCAGAGAACACACACAGGAGAGAACCCCUUUAAAUGUCCUGUUUGUGGGGAAAGUUUCAGUCAUACUUACAACCUGUUGAUGCAUCAGAGGAUUCACAUGGGAGGAGACUUGUCAAAUAUCCAAUCUGUGGAAUCUACUUCAAGUGUAAAUCACCCCUUACUGAACAUAAGGAAUUUGACACAACUACGGCAACUCGGUGAUACAUCACAGGACUCAUACCAAAGAGACAGUGUGUGUGAGUGUCCAGUUUGUGGGAAAAGUUUUAUUAAAAAUUCCUACUUCAUGAGUCACCAGAGGAUUCACAAAGGGAAAUUCUUUGAAUGUCCUGACUGUAGGAAAAGUUUCAGUCAGAAUUCCCACCUGGUGAUACACCGGAGGACUCACACAGGCGAGAAACCCUUUGAAUGUCCUGACUGUGGGACACGUUUCCGUCAGAUUUCUAAUCUGGUGACACACCAGAGGACUCACACAGGAGAGAAACCCUUUAAAUGUCCCGAGUGUGGGAAAAGUUUCAGUCAGAUUUCUAACCUGGUGACACACCAGAGGACUCACACAGGAGAGAAACCCUUUGAAUGUCCUGAUUGUGGAAAAGGUUUCAGUCACAAUUCUAGCCUGGUGAUACACCAGAGGAUUCACACAGGAGAAAAACCCUAUGAAUGUCCUGAGUGUGGGAAACGUUUCGGUUAUAAUUCCAGCCUGACAAUGCACCGGAGGACACACAUAGGAGAAAAACUGUAUGAAUGUCCAGAGUGUUGGAGUAGUAAGAAUUAUAGUAAAAAUUUUAGUAAGAAUUCCAGCCUAGUGACAUACCAGCAAACUCACACAGGAGAGAAACUGUAUGAUUGUACAAUUUGUGGUAAAAGUUUCAGUCAGAAUUUGUACCUGGUGAAAAAGCGAAGGACUUACACAGGAGAGAAAUUAUAUGAGUGUUCAGAUUGUGGGAAACGUUUCACUAGAAAAUUCCAGCUCACAAGUCACCAGAGCAUACAUACAGGAGAAAAAUCCUUCAAAUGUCCUGAGUGUGGGAAAAGUUUCACUCAGAAUUCCAGCUUGGUGAGACACCAGAGGACUCACAUAGGAGAGAAACCGUUUGAAUGUCCUGUCUGUGGGAAAAGUUUCACUCGGAAUUCUGACCUGGUCAUACAUCAGAGGAUUCACACAGGAGAGAAACCAUAUGAGUGUCCAGAUUGUGGGAAAAAUUUCAGUCGAAAUUCCAACUUGGUGAAACAUCAGAAGACUCACACAGGAGAGAAGCCCUUUCAGUGUCCUGAUUGUGAGAAAAGUUUCAGUCAGAACUAUGAACUAGUGAUACACCAGAGGAUUCACACAGCAGAGAAAUCAUAUGAAUGUCCAGAGUGUGGGAAAAGUUUCAUUAGAAAAUUCCAGCUCAAGAGUCACCAGAGAAUACACACAGGAGAGAAACCAUUUGAAUGUCUUGAUUGUGGGAAGAGUUUCAGUCAGAACUCCGGCCUGGUGAGACACCAGAGGACUCACACAGGAGAGAAAUUCUUUGAAUGUGCUCUUUGUGGGAAAAGUUUCAGUCAGAAUUACAGCCUGGUGAUACACCAGAGGACUCACACAGGAGAGAAACCAUAUGAGUGUCCAGAUUGUGGCAAAGGUUUUAGUCACAAUUCUAACCUAGUGAAGCAUCAGAGGAUUCACACAGGAGAGAAACCCUUUGAAUGUCCUGAUUGUGGGAAAAGUUUCAGUCAGAAUUAUGAACUAGUGAUACACCAGAGGAUUCACACAGGAGAGAAACCCUUUGAAUGUCCUAAUUGUGGGAAAAGUUUCAGUCAAAAUUCCCUCCUGUUGAUUCAUCAGAGGACUCACACAGGAGAGAAACCAUAUGAAUGUCCAGAGUGUAGGAAAAGUUUCAGUCAGCGUUCCAGUCUGGUGACACACCAGAGGAUUCACACAGGAGAGAAACCCUUUGAAUGUCCUGAUUGUGGGAAAAAUUUCAGGGAAAAUUCCAGUCUGGUGAGACACCAGAGGAAUCACAAAGGAGACAAAUCCUUUGAAUGGCCUGUUUCUGACAAAAGUUUCAGUUGGAAUUCCAACCUGGUGAUACAACAGAGGAUUCAAAUCGGGGGAGACCUUUCAAAUAUCCAAAUAUCUGUGGAUUGAUUUCAUGCGAAUAUCAUCCCUUGUUGAACAUAAGGGAUUCGACAUGAGGCAAAGGUUAAUGAAUUUAACGAAGACUUGAUUUUCAUUUCUGAUCUCCCAUUGAGAUAUCACAAAUCAGAUCCAAAUGUUGGGGAAAGAGGGCAGGAUAUGCAUUCCUGGGCCUUGUGACUACAUCUUGGAAGCAGCCAUUAUUUUCACUGUGGUUUGGAUUCAUCCUUGAGCCCUGGGGUGGGCUUGUGGAAGCAGCUGCUAUUUUGUCAUGCUUGCCUCUGGGUCAGAAUGGUCACUGCUUCUUGGUCACUGUUGCAUGGGAGUGGGACAGACUGAUCUGUUUUGCUACCUUAACAUAUUGUAGAUUGCGUUAAGAGAUUGUGAGUGCACUGAAAAUGGUGUCUGCCUCUGGGAGGUCUGCAAAAGGGCAGACCAUGUAUCCCUGGAGCGCAUGAUAAGUGGACAGGUACCACUUGCAUCAUUAUUGUGCUGCAACUGCCAAAAAAAGCCAGUGCAGUCCUAGACUGCAUCAACAGAGGAAUAAUGUCAAGACAAAAAGAAGACAUAGAAUUGCUUUACCCAGUGCUGGUGACACCACACUUAGAAUACUGCAUCUAGUUCUGGUCAUCAUGAUACAAAAUAGUUGUUGAGGCCCUGGAAAGGGUGGAGAGAAGAGCAACAAAGAUGAUAAAGGAUCUGGAUGCUAUAUCGUAUAACACUCGAUUGUGGGAUCUAUGCAUAUAUAGGCUAUCAAAGGGAAUCAUUAGGAAGGCCCAUGAUAGCUGUCUUCCAGUACUUGAAGGACUGUCACUAAGAAGAAGGGAUUCACUAAUUUUCAGGGCACUUGAGGGCAGGAUAAGAAGUAAUGGGUGGAAGCUUAUUAAAUGAGAUCCAACAUAGAAGUAAGAAAUUUUCUGUCAAUGAGGGCAAUUAAUCAUUAGAAUAACUUGCCUCCAGGCAUUGUGGCUGCUCCAUCAAUGGAGGUUUUCAAGAACAAGCUGGACAACCAUUUGAGUGGGAUGGUAUAAGGCUCCUGUCUUGAGCAGCGGGUUGGAUUAUGCUAUAUUUUCAUGAAUUUAGAGCCAGUUUAGAAAAUAGGUGCAGAACUACUCUAUGAACUUGCUUCUGGUAAAGAGGCCUUUUAAAAAAAAAAAUAUCCAGAAAAUUAAUAUAAAUACAAACUACAAAAUAUAUAUAUGAUUUUUUUUUUCAAAAAUAAAACAAGGAUAGACAAAAUAUUUUAAAAGAAAGAAAGGUUCUGUUUUAUACCCAGUACUCUUGAAUAGCUUCAUAAAUGACUUAGAUCAGUGGUUCUCAACCUUUUUAAUGCGCGACCCCCAACUGUUCGUAAGUCGAGGACUACUCAACCAGUUGUAAGUUGAGGACUACUCAACUGGUGC